AUGGAGCUGCAGGUUUGGAACUCGACGUUUUCUCCAGAUAACCAAAUAAAUAUAAAUGGGUCACCAACUGGGAACACUCCUAAUAAAUCGCCAUAUUAUCCAGAUAUAGACCAUCAUGGUACUAUUUCUAGUCAAGUUUCAAAUAGUACUCAAUCUCAUCAGAAUCCUUCAAGCCAUUCAACUCCAGCUGGGAUCAAUAAUGGUUCUCACAUCAAUAGCCAAUUAGCUUCUCAUCAUAUAAGUGCAAAUACUCCUAAUUAUAGCGAGUCGGAACAGAUGUUUUUGAAUAUUGAACAAAACUUGUAUGAACAACAGCAACAGGAACACCACCACCAUCACCAUCACCAUCAUCAUCACCCAAUCACUCAAUCACUACCACCAACACAACAACAACAAGAACAACAACAUCAUCAACAUCAUCAACAUCAUCAACAACAUCAACAACAUCAACAACAAGAACAACAUCAACUACAUCAACAAUUUGAAUUUGGACUUGAAAACCUAAACUUCAUCAUGCCUGAAGAAUUGAAUUUUGAUGACCCAAACAAUAUGUCAUCAGCAUUCCCACCAGAUAUUUCCACAGACCAAACACCAAGUUUAUUAGCAGUUAAUGCUUUGAAGAAAAGCGAAUUAUCUUCAAACAAUCCUCAAGGAUUUGCAUCUCCCAUUUUACCGGGACAAAAUGAACAGCUGUAUAAUCACGAACAUUACUAUCACAGUCAAAAUUCAUCUACAAAAAUAUUUACUCAAAACAGUACUCAUGUUUUGCAAGAACCGCAACAACAUGUUAGACCAGAUGCUGUUUUCACUCCUUUAGUGAGUCCCGCUGUAACACCUUUGGAUAAGGGAGCAACAGGAGCAUCAUUUUCACAACAACACAAACAAAAACACCAACACCAGCAUCUUCAAUCACCUGUAAAUAUCAAUUUUGAGCCGCUUACAUCACCAGCAUUAAACGCUCAGGUAUCCUCAAACAAUAAUAGAAAUAACAAUGAUAACAGCAGUAAUAAUGAUAAUACUAUCAAUAAUAUCAAUAACAACAAUAAUAUCAAUAACAACAAUAAUAUCAAUAAUACCAAUAACAACAAUAAUAUCAAUAAUAACAAUAAUAACAACAGUAUUAAUGAUAAGAGGAGAACAUCUAGUUCGGUUUAUGCACCUUCUUCGGAAGAUCAAAAGCCCAACAAGAGAAGAACCCCUCACAGUACACCUGUUUUGGUGGCAAAUAACAAGAACUACACAUCCCCAUCAGUAAAACCUAAACUAGUCAGUUCGCAAUCUUACUCCGAACACGCACAUGAAAAACUACCGGAAACAUUAAUGGGUGAUGCAUACGGAAACAAGUCCGAUUUGGGAGAUAUGCUCCCACCAGUGAGGAAACCGCUAGAUAUAAAUAAUACCCCCUUGAUGGGAUUUACCAUGGGGAAACUAGCAGAAGUAGAACAAAAGGUGCAAUUAGAACAACAACAGCAACAGCAACAGCAACAACUGCUGCUGCUGCUGCUGCUGCAAAAGAAUUCCAACAGUCCGCCGCAACUCAAAACCAGAAAAAGAUCAAACUCUAGAAAACUAUCAAUAAAAUCCACGUCCAAACCAUUGUCCUCAUCGUCGCUGGAAACAAAUUCAAACUCUUCAUCUCCUAAACUCACCAAGAAACCAGAGAAACUAGCAACCAAGAAAGCAUCGCAUAAAUUAGCCGAGCAGGGACGACGAAAUAGAAUGAAUACCGCCGUGGCGGAACUAGCAUCUUUGAUUCCUCAGGUGUACCAUGAUGAAGUGGCUAUACCGUCUAAGGCAACAACGGUUGAGUUGGCAUCUAAGUAUAUAAAGAGUUUGGUUAGUGAAAUUGAACAAUUGAAAGGUAAAGAGGAGAGUAGGGAAUAG